AUGAUAAAAAACUUUCCAUCCAAUAUUCAAAAGAGCCCGGUAAAAAGAGAUGCGCAAAUUCUUUUUCUUUUUUCUUUCUUUUUUCUUUCUUUCUUUCUUUCUUUCUUUCUUUGCUCUUACUGCCCUUUCUAUUUACUUACUUAUUUUUCUUUCUUUCUUUCUUUCUUUCUUUCUUUCUUUCUUUCUUUGCUCUUACUGCCCUUUCUAUUUACUUACUUAUUUUUUUCUUUCUUUCUUUCUUUCUUUCUUUCUUUCUUUUUUCUUUCUUUGCUCUUACUGCCCUUUCUAUUUACUUACUUAUUUUUCUUUCUUUCUUUCUUUCUUUCUUUCUUUCUUUCUUUCUUUCUUUCUUUGCUCUUACUGCCCUUUCUAUUUACUUACUUAUUUUUCUUUCUUUCUUUCUUUCUUUUUCUUUCUUUCUUUCUUUCUUUCUUUGCUCUUACUGCCCUUUCUAUUUACUUAUUAUUACCACCUUUCUUUCUUUAUUGCUAUUUUUCUUUCUCUUUCUACAAUAAGAGUCCGGUAAAAAGAGAUCCCCAAAUUUUUUCUUUCUUUUUUUUCUUUCUUACUACCAUUUUCAUUUACUUAUUCUUUCUUUCUUUCUUUUCUUUCUUUCUUUCUUUCUUUUUCUUUUUUCACUGCUAUCUUUCUUUCUUUUUUCUUUCUUCGCAUUUUCUUUGCGUAUUUUUUCCUUCUUUUGUUUCUUUCAUUAUAUUUUUAUUUUUUUCUUUGUUUGGUCUUUUUUUUUACUACCCUUUUCUUUUACUUGCUAAAGGAAGAAAGAAAAGCGGGAAUAAUCCAGCUUUUCUUUUCUUCCUUUACUUUUUGUUGAUUGCUUUUUCUUUCUUUCUUUUUUUCGAUUUUCACUUACUUAUUAUUCCUACUUUUCUUUCUUUCUUUCCUUCUUUCUUUCUUUCUUUCUUUCUUUCUUUCUUUCUUUCUUUUCCUGGCUUUUCUUUCUAUGAUACUGUCCUUGGACUUGAGGCACUUUCUUCGUUCGCUGCCAAAGUGAAAUCACCCAAAUCUUUGACCGUGACCGUUACCGCAGACAACACUACAUCGCAUACCUUCCCUGAGAUUGGCCCACUGACUGAUACAAUUCUCAACAAACACGUGCUGCCCUCCGAUACCAAAAACAUUCAUAUCAACGCUGUCGGCACAACCUUUGAAGAUGCUUUGUACACUUAUGCCUUGGCUCAGAUCUCCUGGCAAUACAACGUUAAACUUGGUUCUGCAGAUAGCGUCUUUGUAGCAAAUGUUGAGUACAAAGCAAAAUCAUCAAAUGAAAUAGAGAUUGAUAUUCGCCCCAGGUAUGUAAUAUCUUUCGAUUCAUCUCUUUUCUUUCGUAUCUAUCUAUCUAUCUAUCUAUCUAUCUAUCUAUCUAUCUAUCUAUCUAUCUAUCUAUCUUGUCCUUUUCAUAUAUAUCCAUCUAUGUGUUUUAUCUUUUCAUAUCUAUUUGAUUCUUUUCAUAUCUAUGUUAUUUUGAUAUAUCUCUCCUUCUCUCUCUACCUAAUAUCAGUCUGUUCAUAUAUAUCUCAUACUUUUUAUAUCUAUCUGUAUAUCUAUGUUAUUCUUUUUAUAUCUCUAUAUCUUCCUUAUUCUUUUCAUAUCUAUUUAUAUUUGUAUAUAUGUCUAUCUUAUUCUUUUCAUAUCUAUCUUAUUCUUUUUAUAUCAAUCCAUCUAUCUAAUUAUUUUCAUUCUCUCUGUCUCUCUGUCUCUCUCUCUCUCUCUCUCUCUGUCUAUCUAUCUAUCUAUCUAUCUAUCUAUCUAUCUAUUACAGUCUGUUCAUAUCUAUCUAUCUAUCUAUCUAUCUAUCUAUCUAUCUAUCUAUCUAUCUAUCUAUUACAGUCUGUUCAUAUCUAUCUAUCUAUCUAUCUAUCUAUCUAUCUAUCUAUCUAUCUAUCUAUUACAGUCUGUUCAUAUCUAUCUAUCUAUCUAUCUAUCUAUCUAUCUAUCUAUCUAUCUAUCUAUCUAUCUAUCUAUCUAUUUAUUACAGUCUGUUCAUAUCUAUCUAUCUAUCUAUCUAUCUAUCUAUCUAUCUAUCUAUCUAUCUAUUACAGUCUGUUCAUAUCUAUCUAUCUAUCUAUUUAUUACAGUCUGUUCAUAUCUAUCUAUCUAUCUAUCUAUCUAUCUAUCUAUCUAUCUAUCUAUCUAUCUAUCUAUCUUCCUGUGCAUAUAACCUUUGUCAUUAUUUCUGUCUGGCUGAAGGAAUUGAAUCUUACAGGAAUGGUAAUCGUUGAAGCUACCUUGCCUUCUGGUUUUGCUUUGACUAACAAACAAGAGCUUCUGAAUUUAGAAAAUGUUUCCAAAGUUGAACUGGAUGACGCCAAAGUCAUCCUGUAUUUGAAGAGGCUGUUCAUCAGUCUUAGCUCUUAUACAUUGAAAGCUUCAAAAGUUUUCGAUAUCCAAGGUCAUCUGUCUCCUCUGCCCGUAAAGAUCCGACUCUAUUAUGAACCAGACCUUGAACUGGUGAUAAUGUACCAAAUUACCGGUGGAAGCGAAUGA